ACAAAGCUGAAGCCUGAAGAUACCUAGAAAUAAACAAAAUCCUCAAAAACUCUCAAACCUCAAAGAGGCCAAGAUCAUGAGUGGAUCGGGUUCGAGUUCGAGUUCCGGUUCUCCUUGUGGAGCUUGCAAAUUCUUAAGAAGGAAAUGUGUGAGAGGUUGUGUUUUUGCACCUUAUUUUUGCCAUGAACAAGGUGCAACCCAUUUUGCAGCCAUUCAUAAAGUCUUUGGUGCAAGCAAUGUGUCAAAGCUCCUCUCUUACCUCCCUGUGAGUGACCGUUGUGAAGCUGCAGUCACAAUCUCAUAUGAAGCUCAAGCUAGGCUUCAGGAUCCAAUUUAUGGCUGUGUUUCCCAUAUCUUUUCCCUCCAACAGCAGGUGGUCAACUUACAAGCACAGCUAGCUUAUCUCAAAGAACAAGCAGCUCAGACUGGUCUCAAUGCCUCUUCCAAUGAAAGCCCUAAUGAAAAAUAUUUGGAAAAACCUAAUAAUGCUUUCCCCCAAGAUCUUCAAAGUUGGUUCCAGAUGGAAAAUUCUAACAUGGGUUCAGAAUUUUCUCCAAACUUGUCCAAUAAUUACGCGGCAACGCAAUAUUAUGGGAACAAUACCUUAAUGGAUCUAAAUCCUAUUGGGAAUAAUUAUCAAAAUUCAGGAGUCAAGGAUGAAAACAGCUCAUUUUCUAGCUUUGAGGAGUGUUCAAAUUCCAUGUCCUAUGACAUGCAAAUAAACAGUAGGACUUGGGGAUUUGAUGAAGCGGAGGACCUACAUUCAGUGGCUUUUGGAUACAGUUGAUCGAUUAAUUUGUCAAAGAUCAGAAUCUGAGAGAAAGAAUUGGUGAAACAAUAUUAUCAAUUUUGAAUUGCUGCUGCAUAUUCUGAAGCAUGCACUGCUCUGUUGCCAUAUAUAAAUAAGCUAGGAAUCAUAUAUCAAUUGAUAUUAUAUAAUUGGAAUGGAAAAGCAGCCUCUUAUUGUUUUGUUU